AUGGCACGUAUCGCCGUGCUGCCGUGCGGCCCGCACCCCGUCACGGAGACCCUCGGCGCCGUGAGCUGCGACGCCGCACCCCGGGGCGGGAUCUGCCUGCUCUCCGACGCCCGAGCCGUCGACGUCAGCCACGUCGAUCAGCAGUUCGCGUCCUGGUUCGCGGGCAACGAGGUCCUCGCCCGCAAGCCGCUCCUGCUCGGGACCCCGAUGGACCCACUUUUCCUGGCGCUGCAGGCGCUGGACCGGGCGGCGGCGGCGCGGGGAGGCGGCCCCGCUCUCUUUGCGCCACUGGACCAGCUGCUGGAGCAGGGCGCGGGGGGCGGACACGCGGCGCUGCUGCCGCUCGUGCUGCCGCAGGCGCACUACCUGUGCGACAAGAAGGGCGUCGGCGAGGAGGACGUGUUCCGGCUGAGCGAGGACCGCGUGGCCGCGUGGCUGACGUGCAAGGUGCGCGCGGCGGAGCGGGCGCUGCGGGCGAGCCUCGACGCGGAGGUGAGCAAGGCGAUGGACGACGCCACGCUGAGGACGUACGCGGCGGGCAUCGUCGGGGAGAGCCUCAGCGAGCGGCGCGCGGCGGACCUGCUGCGGAUCCUGGGCGUGCAGGCUGCGGCGUCGGGCGAGAACGGCGACAGCAUCUACGGUGCGUUGCACGCGUCCGUGGACCGCGAGGGGGGCAAGUCGCGGAAGGAGAUGCAGAAGGAGGCGCAGAAGGCCAAGGCCAAGGCGGACCGGGAGGAGAAGAAGCGGCAGGAGGCGGCCAAGGUCGCGCGGGAGCACAAGAGCAUCACGUCGUUCUUCUCCGCGAAGCCGAAGAGCAAGUGA